GUGUUGUCGGUCGGUUGUUGUCCUGAUCAAGAUGGCUGCUGUUGUCUCGGGAGGAGAAUGAGCUCGGGCUGUCAUCUGAACGCAGGCCGUGAAAACGAAGACAAAUCCGCCGACAAACCGGCACCAACAACGCGGCUUCAUCCGAACCGCUUAAACCGGAUCUGAUUCUCUUCCGAAGCAGGGGGCGUAGUGACAGGCAGCAGACAUGGACACCACCACGUCCAUCAAAAUGACCACUCUGGCCAUCCAGAACCUGUUCAGCUACGUGGAGGAGGAGAACCUGGCUGCCCUCAAAGCUCACCUGGACCGCUUCAAGGAGGUGGAUGGACGCAGCGACAACGGGCAGACUCCUCUCAUGCUGGCGGCAGAGCAGGGCAGUCUAGAGAUUGUCCAGGAGCUCAUCAGAAGAGGAGCCAACGUCAACCUGGAUGACGUGGACUGCUGGUCGGCUCUGAUCAGUGCAGCCAAAGAAGGUCACGUGGAGGUGGUGAAGGAGCUGCUUGAGAACAGCGCCUACAUUGAGCACAGAGACAUGGGUGGCUGGACAGCUCUGAUGUGGGCAGCUUACAAAGGUCGAGAGGAGGUCACCAAGCUGCUGCUGGAGCACGGAGCGAACCCCAACACUACAGGACAGCAGUACAGCGUGUAUCCGAUCAUCUGGGCUGCAGGACGAGGACACGCUGACAUCGUCAAACUGCUGCUACAAAAUGGAGCUAAAGUCAACUGUUCAGACAAGUAUGGGACCACGCCUCUGAUCUGGGCGUCCAGGAAAGGACACUUUGACUGUGUGAUGCACCUGCUGGAGAACGGAGCUGACGUCGACCAGGAGGGGGCGAACUCAAUGACGGCUCUGAUCGUGGCGGUGAAGGGCGGCUACACCGACGUGGUGAAGGAGCUGCUGAAGAGAAACCCCAACGUCAACAUGACCGACAAAGACGGAAACACGGCGCUGAUGAUCGCCGCCAAGGAGGGCUACACCGAGAUCGUCCAGGACCUGCUGGACGCAGGGACGUACGUCAACAUACCGGACCGGAGCGGCGACACGGUGCUGAUCGGAGCGGUGAGGGGGGGGCACGUGGAGAUCGUCAGAGCUCUGCUGCACAAAUACGCUGACAUCGACAUCAGAGGACAGGAGAAUAAAACUGCUCUGUACUGGGCUGUGGAGAAAGGAAACGCCACCAUGGUGAGAGACAUCCUGCAGUGUAACCCCGACACCGAGACCUGCACCAAGGAUGGAGAGACUCCUCUGAUCAAAGCCACCAAGAUGAGGAACAUCGACAUCGUGGAGCUGCUGCUGGAUAAAGGAGCCAAAGUUUCGGCUGUGGACAAGAAAGGAGACACGCCCCUCCACAUUGCUAUCCGUGGGCGGAGUCGCCGCCUAGCUGAGCUCCUCCUCAGAAACCCCAAAGAUGGCCGUCUGCUCUACCGACCCAACAAGGCCGGAGAGACGCCGUACAACAUCGACUGCAGCCACCAGAAGAGCAUCCUCACUCAGAUCUUUGGAGCUCGUCACCUGUCCCCCACAGAGUCAGACGGAGACAUGUUGGGUUAUGACCUGUACAGCUCUGCACUGGCUGACAUCCUGAGUGAGCCCACCAUGCAGCCUCCCAUCUGUGUGGGUCUGUACGCCCAGUGGGGCAGCGGCAAGUCCUUCCUGCUCAAGAAGCUGGAGGAUGAGAUGAAGACUUUUGCCGGUCAGCAGAUCGAGCCGCUGUUUCAGUUCUCAUGGCUCGUCGUUUUUCUGUCUCUGCUGCUCUGCGGCUCCGUCGCUGUUGUCCUCGGCUUCACUGUUGACCCAAAACUCGCCAUGGCCGUCUCCCUCAGCCUGCUGGCUCUGCUCUACCUCUUCUUCGUGGUGGUGUACUUUGGCGGGCGCCGGGAAGGGGAGAGCUGGAACUGGGCGUGGCUGCUCAGCACCCGUCUGGCCCGUCACAUCGGGUAUCUGGAGCUGCUGCUGAAGCUGAUGUUUGUGAACCCUCCAGAGCUGCCGGAGCAGAGCACCCGAGCUCUGCCUGUCAGGUUCCUGUUCACAGACUACAACCGUUUGUCGAGUGUCGGUGGGGAAACGUCGAUGGCUGAGAUGAUCGCCACGCUGUCCGACGCCUGCGAAAGAGAGUUUGGGUUCCUCGCUACGCGUCUGUUCAGAGUGUUUAAAACUGAGGAGACGCAGGGAAAGAGGAAGUGGAAGAAGACGUGCUGCGUCCCGUCCUUCAUCAUCUUCGUCCUCGUGCUGUCCUGCCUGCUCACUGGCAUGGCGCUGCUGGCCGUCUUUAAGGUGGACAGCGAGAACCAGACGGUUAAUGCCGUUCUGAUCGCCAUCGGCAGCGUGGUGGGUUUGGCUCUGCUGCUGAACUGCAGGACGUGGUGGCAAGUGACCGACUCGGUGCUGAACUCUCAGAGGAAGAGGCUCCACGGCGCCGCCAACAGGAUGCACAAGCUGAAGAGCGAGGGCUUCAUGAAGGUGCUGAAGAACGAGGUGGAGCUGAUGGCGAGGAUGGCGAAGACCAUUGACAGCUUCACGCAGCAUCAGACUAGGCUGGCGGUCGUCAUCGAUGGACUGGAUUCGUGUGAACAGGACAAAGUGCUGCAGAUGCUCGACACGGUGCGCGUGUUGUUCUCCAAAGGGCCUUUCAUCUCCAUCUUUGCCAGCGACCCUCACAUCAUCAUCAAAGCCAUCAACCAGAACCUGAACAGCGUCCUCAGAGACUCCAACAUCAACGGACACGACUACAUGAGGAACAUCGUCCACCUGCCCGUCUUCCUCAACAGCAGAGGACUGUCCAGCGCCAGGAAGAUGUGUGCUGCUGCUCCGGCUAACGGGGACGCCGCCAACGCUGACGGCUGGCACGAGGAGCUGGACAGGAAGCUGUCGCAGCACAGUCUGGGAGAACUAACCAAGUUUGGCAGCAAGACCACACUCAACCGCAGGGACACGUACCGGCGGCGUCAGGUGCAGCGCUCGGUGACUCGUCAGAUGUCGUUCGACCUGACGAAGCUGAUGGUGACGGAGGACUGGUUCAGUGACAUCAGCCCACAGACGAUGAGACGGCUGCUCAACAUCGUCUCCGUCACAGGUCGCCUGCUGCGAGCCAACCAGAUCAGCUUCAACUGGGACCGCCUGGCAUCCUGGAUCAACCUGACAGAGCAGUGGCCCUACAGGACAUCCUGGCUCAUCCUGUACCUGGAGGAGACCGAUGGAGUCCCGGACCAGGCUACCCUCAAGACCAUCUACGAGAGGGUGUCAAAGAACAUUCCGACCACCAAAGACGUGGAGCCUCUGCUGGAGAUUGACGGAGAUGUUCGCAGCUUUGAGGUCUUUCUGUCUUCACGAACACCCGUCCUGACAGCCAGAGACAUCCGGACUUUCCUGCCCUGCACCGUCAACCUGGACCCCAAACUGAGGGAGAUCAUAGCAGAUGUUCGUGCUGCCCGGGAGCAGAUGAACAUGGGCGGGGUCACGUAUCCGCCCCUCCCCCUGCAGGAGGCUCAGCCACGCCCCACCUCGGUGUACUCUCAGGUGUCAUCGGCAUGCUCGCCCUCCGCCUCUUUCAGCGGGCCCUUCAGCCAGCCAGCAGGGGGCGUGGUGUCCCCGCAGCCUCACAGCAGCUUCUACAGCGGUAUGGCCGGACCGCAGCACCCCUUCUACAACAGGCCAUAUUUCCCCCACCACCUUUACCAGCUGCCACGCCCAUUCACGGCCUCCUACCUACCACACCUUCACCCACGCCCACCACCUAAACCCGCCUUCAGCCGGGACGUCUCAGCAGCUUCUGGUUCGGCCUCUGUGGUGUCAGGCGCGCCGGCCGUCCUCCUCAGCUCCAUGACGACGGAAGCUGUCUGUGAGCGAGUGCGACAGAUCGAAGGCAUCGACCAGGGCAUGAUGGGACAGUACAGCGCCACCAUCAGGAAGGCCAACGUCAACGGCAGAGUUUUGUCUCAGUGUAACAUUGACGAGCUGAAGAAGGAGAUGAACAUGAACUUCGGAGACUGGCAGCUCUUCAGAGCCAUGGUCCUGGACAUGCGUAACAUAGAGAGUCAGGUGCUGCACGAGGAGGCUGCCAGUGAGCAAGGCAGCAUCGUGGGAGGUCACAGCGAGGCGGGAAGGCGAGCGGUGGCUCCGCCCCGCGCUGGUGUUGCCAACCCGGACGCAUCACCGAUGUACAGCUUUAACCUGAGCUUCGAAGAGCUGAGCAAUGUGGGACUGGACGAUCCAGCGAGACACGGAAACAUGCAGUGGAUGGGUGGCGCUCACCGGACUGCCAGCAUGACCAGCCUGAACUCCCAGGAGUCCUCCAACGACAUUGGCAAGCUGACAGACAAGCAGCAGGCUGAGUACCGCAACGCCUACCAGGAGUACAUUGCCCAGAUGGCUCAGCUGGAAAUGGGCGGCAGUGGCGGUGAAAGGCCUGUCCAACCACUGCCAGGACAGUUCAUGACAUCGUCAUCAGAGGACAAGAGCAAAGAGGAGGACGGACGUAAAUCCUUCAAUAAGAGGAGCAGCGGAAAACCGGCGGUAGACAACACUGACUUUGCCUCCAAUGGGGAUGCACUAGACCCCAUCACAGAGGAGGAUGAGAAGGGCGACCAUGGAUCCUCCAAGUCCCUGCUGACCCGCAAGACCUCAGCUGAAAGAGGCGGGCUGUUCCAGGGCGCCUCUGACCUGAAGCUGAAAGCCGGCAGUGGGCUGCGCUACCAGAAGCUGACCAGUGAUGAUGAUGAGUCUGAGGAGUCCGAUAACGCUCCCCUGCUGAAAGAUGGAAAGAAGGUCGACCCUAAACUUCCGGGUGGCUCGCUGGCACUGAAGGGGAAAGACUACCUGUCAGAUGCCAUGUUGGACAAGAAGGACUCGUCUGACUCGGGCGUGCGCUCCAAUGAAAGCUCGCCCAACCACUCGCUGCAGGACGAGGAGGCAGACCUUUCGCAGCUGGAGAGGUCCAACCUGAUUGAGCUGGAUGAGGAAAGCCUGGCCCGGAAGCGAGGCCUUCCCAGCAGCCUAAGUGGCCUGCAGGACCCUGCUGUUGCCCGCAUGUCCAUCUGCUCCGAGGACCAGUGCAGCCUACUGGCCAGCAGCCCAGAGGAGAGUUGGCCCUCAUCCAAGAGCUACAACCUGAAUCGCACACCAAGCAAUGUGACCCUCAACAACAACACCAACACCCAGCAGGGCAGUCGCCUCCACCAGCCUGCAGAGGGUUCCACCUCCUCCUCCAACCCCACCUCCACCUCCUCUUCCAGCGAUGUCAUCAUCUCGCCGAGCUCCGGGACCACUGGCACCUCCAGCAGCAGCAGCACCACCAGGCCAGGCCCAAACAACGAGAACGUCCGAGUGGUUCACCUGAAGAGGGGGCUGAAACCCGGAGACCCACCAGAGAUCUGCACCGUGUCCUCCGACACCGUCACCUUCGGCGAGGAGCGGGAGAGCAUCCUGUAACCUCGUGGUGACCUGUGAAGAGGAGGAGAGCACUGAGGGUCCAACCAGGAGUCGCUUUUCAGCCUUCUGAACCAAUCAGAACUUGUUUUGUCUGCCUGAGUCCUUUUCAACAUUUUAAAGGUUGAAAAACAAAACGUCAGCCAUCAUUUGGAUAAAACUAAAUUAUUUUAGACCUGAAAAUGUUAACAGCUCGGAGUCGCAGUCGGUAACGUGAAAUUUAACAGGUUGUGGGAGGUGAAGAGCGGCUGCUGGCGGACUUGUCGUGUUAGCUUGUAGUUCAGUGCUCGUUUGCAUGUUCACAGCCGUAGUCAGCACGUGAAGUUCAGUAGUUUGUAGAAACUUUAUUUGAACGAGAAGCUCCUGUCUCAUGUUGUGAUUUGACUCAUUGCCUCCAAGGACAGCUGAACAUCACAAAUCAUUUGUUUUCAGUAUCAAAUAAACACCAACCUGACUUGUGCACAGCAUCAAACGCACAAUCUAAAGAGACGUCUCCAAGAGCGAAGGGCAUCGUCAUCGAUUUUGUUCCCUGCAGAUAAUCACACAUUCUUACUGUUUACUCUGAAGGCCAGUUUAUGGAGAAUAUCUGUCGUUUAGGAACAACAACAAUUUAUGUUCAACACUUGAACUUGACUUGAAUUGUCAGCUAUGAAGCGAAACCUGUUUGGGCGGCCCCUUACGGUUCAUGCAGGUUUCCUCCUGCAUCUCUCAGAUUUCCCCAGAGGUUUCUAUAAAACAUCAACAGAAGGGAUAGAAGGUUAAAGAACGAGCUGGACAACAGAGGAGGAACUGAGCAGGGAGGUGCAGGAUUCUGCACCCUGUCCUUCUGGGCUAAAAUCAGUUCUUAAAUCCUAAAUCCUUUGGGACAAAGUCGAGGCGUGAAUGAGUGAAAAGGAAAACGUGAGUUGACUGCAUGUUGCUGCUCUGGAGGCUAUGAUGAGCUGCUGCACUUUUUCACACGCUGAACUCGUAGAUUGUGGAGGCAAAAGACCUUCUGUUUGACUCUGAAAAACAAAAAUAGUAACAACUUUGUUAUUAAUCUCAUUCCUGCAGCUGCUUCUGCAAAAGAAAAACACCAACAUUUUAGACUGACUUUGGAAAACAAAAGCUGAUAAAUUAAGAAGGAAAUGAGUUCAGUGUGUCAGAACGUUCUGUCAGUGACCAGUAUUAACUCGUGUCAGUUUACAGUGUUUGCAUGGAUGUGUAGUCGUUCAGUGGUCGUGUUUCAUCGUCCAAUCAGAGCCGAGUGCUGCUCGGACAAAACGAGGCAUUCAAAGACGUCGUCGUGAACUGUAAUCAGUGCUUCUCGGUUCCCUCUUGUUUGACAGAUCAGAUGUUCAACUGAUUAAUGGAGAAAUUAAAUUAUAAUAAAUGAAAUGUUUGUACCGCAGACAGGAAAGAACUGACGUGUGAAGUUUUGAACGAAGUCCAUAUCGGAACAGUUCGGCUGAAGGAGAAGUUUUGAAGUGGAGUCAGACCGUAAAGCAGCACAUCAACUGAUGGUUUCAGUGUUUUCCUGUCGUCUGCAUGUUGAUGUUUCCUCAGUGUGUCGUCGUUUCAGUGCUCUCCAGACCCCAAUGGCUUUAAAUCUGUUGUGGUGAACUAAAAUAAAAUAAAAUCCGCAUGUUGAACUUGA